UUAAUAGUAUUGAUUUUUCGUUUGACAAGUCGGCGGAAAACAUCGUCUGUUUUUUAGUCGUAAAUGGAUUAAAAUAAUUUGCGUUCUUUGAGAAUUUUGAAUUCUAAUCGUGUUUCAAUUUAGAAAUGAGUGAAUUAAGGCACCGAGGAGGCGAAGGUGAUAGAAACGACAAAGCGGAGACCGCUGGAGAAUCUGACCAUGUCGAUUCGGAGGAAGAAAAGGUGUUGGAAGAGAAGUAUGUAGACGAUUUGGCGAAGAACCUGCCCCAAGGAACGGAUAAGACCCCUGAAAUUCUGGACUCUGCUCUUUCGGGCCUGUCUUCGAGAUGGAGGAACUGGGUGAUCCGUGGCAUCUUCACUUGGCUGAUGAUCGGAGCCUUCUGCCUUCUCAUCUAUGGGGGACCUCUUGCAUUGAUGAUUACAGUGCUCUGCGUGCAAGUGAAAUGUUUCGAGGAGAUCAUCAACAUCGGCUACGCGGUGUACCGGGUGCACGGGCUGCCGUGGUUCCGUUCGCUCUCCUGGUACUUCCUGCUGACCUCCAAUUACUUCUUCUAUGGGGAGAACCUCAUCGACUACUUUGGAGUUGUGAUUAAUAGGACGGACUAUCUCCACUUCCUGGUGACGUACCACCGCUUCAUCUCGUUCAGCCUGUACUGCGUGGGCUUCGUGUGGUUCGUGCUGUCGCUCGUGAAGCGCUACUACAUGCGGCAGUUCAGCCUGUUCGCGUGGACCCACGUGGCGCUGCUCAUCGUGGUCACGCAGAGCUACCUCAUCAUACAGAACAUAUUUGAAGGUCUAAUCUGGUUCAUAGUGCCGGUAUCCAUGAUCAUCUGCAACGACGUGAUGGCAUACGUGUUCGGCUUCUUCUUCGGCAAGACGCCACUCAUCAAGCUCAGCCCCAAGAAGACGUGGGAGGGCUUCAUUGGUGGCGGGUUUUCCACUGUUGUGUUUGGACUUGUGCUAUCGUACAUGAUGUCCCAAUACCCGUACCUGGUGUGCCCGAUCGAGUACUCGGACUCGCUGGGCCGCAUGACGAUGGACUGCGAGCCCUCGCUGCUGUUCCGCCUGCAGGAGUACACGCCGCCGCAGUUCGCGCAGCCUCUCAUGAAGAUCUUCGGCAUGGAAAAACUCAACAUGUAUCCGUUCAUGAUCCACUCUCUCGCUCUGAGCAUUUUCAGCUCCGUGAUCGGACCGUUUGGAGGGUUCUUCGCAUCUGGGUUCAAGCGGGCUUUCAAGAUUAAGGACUUUGGCGACGUGAUCCCCGGGCACGGCGGCAUUAUGGACCGCUUCGACUGCCAGUUCCUCAUGGCCACGUUCGUAAACGUCUACAUCACCAGCUUCAUCCGCACCGCCACACCACAGAAACUGCUGCAACAGGUAUACAACUUAAAACCGGAGCAGCAACUGCAACUGUUCUACGCGCUGAAGGAGUCGCUGGAGAACAGGAACAUCCUCAACAUGGUACCGUAAGAUGCUUGGCUCUCAAAAUAUACCAGUUAGUACCUACUAUUUGCCUACAAAAACAGCGCACUCGUACUGAGUUGAAAACCUACGCGAUUUUUUAAGACAUUCUGAAGGAUUUUAUUUUUUGUUUUGUUUAAAGACGAAGUUGUACUUUGAACUUGUUUUUCUUUUAGUAGUCUUCCAGUAUUCUUUUCUGCCAAAAUUUUUAAGUAAAUUUUCAUGGCGCGCUAUAGUUUAAUUAGGUAAUUUAUUCAUUUAUUACCUUUGUUAGCCUAAACAACGAGAAGGUUUUUCAACCAGCGCAAAACUGCUUGGAAGGGAACAUAUCUGGCUAUGUACCUCGAGAGGAAUACAUUUUGUUCUAGUCUCAUAAUUGUAAAAUUUGCCUGCAUUUGCCUUGAACAAAUACAUUGCGUAAAAUUGUUGACCAAAAUUGUUAUAACAGACUUGGCAAGGCAAGCGAUACAUACAAUUAGUUAAAUAAAAGUAUAUAAUAUGAUAUAAUAUUGGCUCUCCCAAAAGUAUAUGAUAAAUCGACAAAAAUGAGAAAAAAAUAUUAGAAUUAAUUCUAGCUAGAUGUAAUAGAAAAUAUUAUUGUUAAGCUUUUGACACAUACUAAUCUAUCCCAUUUAUCUUAUGUGUUAUCAAAUUUGGCGGUAAUACGUGGCCCCACUUAAUCAUGAAAUUAAAUAUUGGAAGUAAAUAUCGCCUUAAGGCCCUAUAAAAUGUAACAACAAAUAUUCGGGUCGUUUAACACUACAGUAUUAUUACGGUAAAUCCAAUUCUAUCACUUCGCUAAUGCAAUACCUCGAUCCUUAUGAUAAACUGAUAAACGUCAUAAAUACAUUAGUAACUAUAAUAAAUACGCAUGUUGAUAAUUCUAACACUGACCACUUUGAUGUCAAUGAACUUAACAAUAUGGUCACAUGUUUGGAUAUAUCAACUGCGAGUUAUAGGCCAAGGUACCGAAGCUAAUUCCACAGUCUUUGAUCUUUGCUUGAUUCCAAUCGGGUGUUUUAUAAUGCCUGCUCAUACACUUUGGCAUUGCAUCUUUGUGGAAAUUGGUGCAGAAAAGCUAAACGCGAAACGUAUACUAUAGGUAUUUUAGUAUGUUGGCGCAGUGGAUAAGAAUAUCAUUGUAAUUCAUAAUGGUACAUUGUACAGAAAAUAUUCCUGCCUCCAAAUAAAUUACUUACAGCAAUAUUCAUAUCCAGCAUCGAAAUAUACCGAGUGUGGCCUGUAACACGAGCAAAUAAUUUAAACAUAGAUUAAGGCCCAUUUACAUUAUACAACUUUCUUCCUUUGAUUUAUUGUAUUGACAUUGCGUCUUAGAAUAAACUUUUAAAGUGUGCUAAAAAUCAAAAUACAAGUUAAUUUUAAAAGUGAAUAAAUGUUGGUCAGUUUGAGGACAGACAGUUUAAUUUGUUGCUCCUGUUACAGAUCACACCCAGAAUUAGAUACUCUAAAGUCUAUUUGUUGUCUCGAAAUAUAAUAUUAAGGUAUACUAAAAAAUUAUAGGUUAAAUUAUUAUAAAUAUGUAAUAAUAUCCUUAUUUUGUAUUAAUGACAUUAUCCUACAUUUUAACAAAGAUAGCGACUGAUAGAGAAGGGUAUUUUUACCAAUCAAAAUUUGUCAGCAGGUUUUGAUCAUAAUGUUAUAUUAUUAAUUCAUUUAGUUCCUUAUGUUUUUUGGGAAUUGGAUAAGACAGGGAAGCUUUGCAUUUCUUUCUUCGCUGACUGAUAUUUGAUAUGACUGCAUAUGUGCUAAAGUUUUUGAUCCUUUACCUGUAGUUAGCAUACUGAGUUUAUCACUUAGGUUCCUUUCCUACCCUCAUAAAAGCCUUUCUUAGAAAAUAUGUCUGUGUUACCGCAACUCUUUACAUCUAUUUUACAAUGACUGGUUUCAUUAAACUUGAGACAUAUUUUCUAAAAAUGACCCAAAAAUAAAUCACCAUCAUUCCUAUGUUAAUAUUUAGUAUGCUAACAGACUUUGUACUAUCUUUGUACUAAACAAAAAUUCUGAAUUAUAUUUAUUAAUAUUGAUCGGUAUUGUAAUUAGGUUAUUGGUGGAGAAGGACGUUUAGGUAUAAUUAUUUUUGCUUAAUUGUUAGUAAAUUAUUUUCGUUUUUCUUAGGACUUUUUCGUGUUAUGAAUAAGUUACACUCAUGUUUCUCAAAUAGAUUGUUAAGUCUAAAGAUGUAUUUAUUUAAAAAAGCUAUCCUAUUAUAAUGUUGUUUUAUAACGAAAUGACUAUGUCUCACAACAGUACUGUACUGAUUUAAUAAUAUGUAUAGACCUUUAUUGGUUAUACGAUAUUUAGCUAUUAUAAUUUCAUCUGGGUACUUUACCUUAGAAAUGGUGAAAUUAUUGUUUUCUAUAUAAAUAACGCAAGUUGUCGACAAUAAGUUGUCUUUGUCAUCUUUCUGUAUAUUUUAACGGUGUUAGAAAUACACCGAGGGUCUCCAUAAAGGGUUGAAUAGUGAAUUAAUCGUUAUGCGAGGAUUAUUCCUCAGAAACACUGGCGAUGACGCCAAUUCACAUCUAAGUUAGCCAGUAGCGUACAGUAGAAUGAAGAUACGACGUCAAUUUUUACAGCUAUCAUAUCAAUACAUUUUACUUUGUCUGGAAUAACGUGUAUGUUAUAAAAUGUACUGUUAAGACUGUCAAAAGAUUGACUUUUAUCCUCUUUUUACUAUUUUCAAAAAUAUAAUUAUUGUUUAAGCUAUUUUCAAAAGUCUUCGGUUGCGACUGAUUACCAGCGAGUCGCUGUAGCCUUUAGGUAGUAAUUCAGGCUUGCUUUAGUAAAUUAGAUAUAUAUAUAUAUAUAUAUAUAUAUAUAUUUAUACUUAUACUUACUUCUCGCCGACAGGUUGACUGUUAAGUUUGGUGAUGUUUUUGUGAUUUUACGUUAUGUUGAGUUUUGCUUAUUUUCGCUAGCUCUUUAGAUGUGUGUAGUUGUUGUGUAUGCUAACGUUUGGAAAACUAGAAUAUGAGGAUAUGUACACUCAUCUUCAUAAAUAUAUGCAUUAUAUUUCUAAAAGUUAGACCGCGGACCAGGAACAAAUUUCCAUGACCAAUCGCCUCCCGGGCGAAACUCGUAUAGUGGUUAACGGCUAUGUAUGAUGAACCCUCGUGAACGUCAGCUUCGUUGGUGGGUUGAUGAAUGGCAGCAAAUAAAUUCUAUAAAAAAAAUUGUCAUCGCCUCCCGCUUGAUACUUUGUCAGAUGAUAGUUUAGAUGCUAUUGUGAAUAAACAAAAUCGACAGUCGAUUGUAUCGCUGUGGAAAGACCGUCAGCUGGUCACAUGAACAUGUAAAAAAAAUAUUUUCAGUCAUCGGCGUCAUCGCCUCCCGUUUGAUACUUUGUCAGAUGAUAGUUUAGAUGAUAUUGUUAAUAAAACAAAUCGUCAGCCUGUUGUAUCGCGGUGGAAAGACAGUGUUACGCGUUUCGGUGGCUGCCACUCCUCAACCCACCAACGAAGCGGGAGCUGACGUUCACGAGGGUUCAUUAUACAUAGCCGUUAACCGCUAUACGAGUUUUCGCCCGGGAUGCGAUGACUGACGAAAUUUGCGCCUGGCUUGCGCUCUAUAAGCUUCACUAAUUUCGUGCAAGUUAAACUAAAUGGUUAAGUUAUAUUAGUGUGGAAUGUACCUAGAAGUUUUGCUUUGUCUAAGAAAUUAUUCUGCGACAUGGAUGAAACACAAUACAUGUGUUGCAAUUUUUUUUUAUUUCUUCAUGUACACCAGAAUUAACAUUAUAAUGAUUUCUUUUUUUAUGGUUACAUAAAGCGGCCUUUUUGAAAUUUGUAACAAAAAAAAACACUUGGUUUUCACAUUAAGGUACCUUAUAUGUAUAGGUAAAUUAGAUAGUGCAUUGCUACUGUACCUAGUAGAACGUUGUAAUUUUAUUUUUCUCAGAAUAUAAAAUAGAUUUUAGUCAUACUCACCUGCAUAUGUAUUUUACUCACCUAGUUUUUAUUGUAUACCUAUUUUAGCGUAUUCAGAAUCAAAAUGUGCUAGUUGUGCUAUCAUAGCAUACAUAGUUGUUAGAUCUUUAUGUCGGAUUGAUGAUGAUGAUGUAUUUGUUAAGUAAUUGGGUGUCUCCAUACGGGUUCAGAGUAUUUAUAGUAUUUGUGGAACUAUCUCGUUAUAUAAAUGGUAAAUUUUAAUUGUCAGCAUACAUUAUGUACCUCUCACUUAAUUUUUUUAUACACGUUAUGCCUUAAUUUUCGCAAGUAUAUAAACGAUCCGCUCCCUAACAAAUAUUUAAAAUAAAAUAAACAAACCAAACAAGACUUAAACCGUGUAGUAGCGGUUUAAUAUUUGCUUCCAUUCCGAGCCUUUAACUCAUAAACAUUUUGUUGACAAAGCGAGGUGUAGAUUAGCAAGAACUUGCAUGCAAUUUACGUUACACUGCCGACUACUAAGGUAAACUGCAUUCAAAAGUUUGAUCAAAUACCGCAAUGUGAUAAAAAUUGCAUGCAAGUUGUUGCUAGUCUAAACCCCUUUGCUUUGCAACUGCAAGUUCAAUGCUAAAAUGUUGCUCGAACGCUUAAGCGAGGUUUAGACGAGCAAGAACUUGCAUGCAAUUUACGUUACAUUGCUGACUACUAAGGUAAACUGCAUUCAAAAUGUUUAUCAGAUACCGCAAUGUACUGAGAAUUGCAUGCAAGUUCUUGCUAGUCUAAACCUCGCUUUAAACAUGCGUUCAGGGCACUGAAUAAAUUCCGGCGAUUGGCUAAAGAUUACGAAAAAGUGGGCCGUUAUAACAUUCGAUUUUAAAACGCAUUCCUUUUGUAGAUGCGUUUUGUUUUAAUAUGUAUUUUGCAAAAAUGUUGCCACAGGCCACUGGAUGUUUAAAAAAGCGGUCGAACUCAAUUUACACAAAACACGAUACUCGAAUUCACGAUACACGAUGCUUGCGUAUUCGAAUUACCUGUGAACAGUCAAAUCUCAAACGAAUUAAUGGGAAUUAUAAAUAUGUAAUAAGUAAAUUCUAUUAAAUGUUAUAAGGUCACUUGUAAGUCUAUUGUAAACUUAUUAUACUGAUGUAAUUGGUGUUUGUCUGUGUAGUUUAGCAUUAAAUUAUUUAUUGUUUGUCUUUAUUGUAUUGCGAUGAAGCAAAUAAAUGGAUUCCUUAAA